GCAGGAAGUAGUGUGAGUUUCCAGGACCCUGUGCCUACCUGGGUUGGGGUAGAGGGCACCACCAGAGGCAGGUGGGGAACUGGAAGAGGCCUGGCUAGGGAGAGAGAAGGUAGCCAAGAUGGUACAGUCAGCUGAGGAGCUGAAGCAGGAGCUGGAGGCCACUGCAGAGGAAGUACUGGGGAGGCUCAAGAGCCACCAGCUGUUCCAGUCUGAGUGGGACAUCGCAGCCUUUGUGGUCUUUCUCACAUUUGUGGGCACUGUGGUGCUGUUGUUGUUACUGGUUGUUGUUCACUGCUGUUGCUGCUGCUGCUGCACCACCUCCCCUAGACCCCGGAAGGUGAGCCCUGGGAAGGAAAAGCCCAAGGGUGUGGAUAACUUGGCCCUGGAACCUUAAUGCUAGACCUUGGCAUGGGUCCUGCUGGAUGACAGUAACAAAGCCAAUUUUGCCAAA